AUGGCGCAGUAUCCUUGCAACGAAGAAGGAGUAUGCAUGCGCUGCAAUCUAAAACCACCAGCGGAGAUUGAGUGCCUCUCGUGCAGCACGUGCGGCACGCCUUGGCACGUGUCUUGUCUCUCCUCCCCUCCCGAAACCCUAGAAUCCACUCGAGCGUGGGAGUGCCCCGACUGCUCCGGCGACGACAUCGAUCCCGUCCCGGUUUCCGGAAUCGCCGGUGUUAAAUCGUCCAACGGCUCUGUCCUUGUGGCAGCGAUCCAUGCGAUCGAGGCCGAUGAGUCUUUGACUGAGGCUCAGAAAGCUAAGAAGAAGCAGCAGUUGGUGAGCGGCAAAGUCGAUGAGGACGUAACGAGGAGGAGGAGGAGAAAAAUACCGGUGAAGACGGUGACGUGUUAG